AUGAAAAAACGUUCGGGGAAAUAUAUUCUACUUUCAUCUUGCGUUUUAAGCCUUGGAAUUUACUACUACGUGAAGACGACAAAGUACUCGGAUUACAGGAGGAGAAAAAUGAAAAAGAUAAGUUCGUUGGUAAGAGAAUUUAGAGGAUUAUUGAAAAAGAAAAAUGGCAACAGAAACCAGUCGUCUAUAUUAAGCAACAUAAAAAUACAAAACAUUUACGCAAAUAAUAAAAUUAACAAAAGGGAGCAUUACGUUUAUUUUAAGGAGUAUGACAUAAAAAGUAACGAUUGCAGUCACUCACGUGUUGCCAAAACGAAAAGACUAUUCAGUAGCGAAAGAAGUAAAUACAAAAAUGCUAUUCUCUUUGCUACCAUCGGAUCCACCAUAGGGAUAGUUUCCUUCGUGUAUUUUAUAUCACCACAAUGGAAUGAUUACUACUACUGA